UCUAGGUCUAUGGUGAACGAUAAUGUUUUCGCCUCAUUUUUUGAUUUGCCGCGUAUGCAACGCCGUGACACAAUGGCGGCUUCCGUUAUGGUCACGUACUUUUUGUCGAUCGUCUUCAACAAAAUAUAAAGAUCUGUCGAAAGUGCGCCCUUUUCGACAGGUUUUCGGCAUCUAAAGAUGACAUAGCGAUAUAGAGACUCUGGGGUAUUCGUGUAGAGGAUCGCUGGGGGUACUGGUACACUUUACAAGGAAGGACCAAGUUCGUUGCAAAAUGUCAAAACGACCUGCAGAUAGCGGGGAUUCGGCUUCCCAGCCGCCUAUUAAAAAAGUUCAAUUCGAACCUAUUCUAAUCGGGCCUAUAUCGACCCUCGAAGAAAUGGACAUGAAAGUUCUACAAUUUCAAAAUAAAAAGUUGGCCCAGCGGUUAGAACAGCGUCACAGAGUGGAAGCAGAGUUGAGGCAAAGAAUCGAACAACUAGAAAAGAGACAAAUGCAAGAUGAUGCAGUACUAAAUGUUGUCAAUCGAUAUUGGAAUCAAUUAAAUGAAGAUAUACGUGUAUUACUUCAGAGGUUUGAUGCAGAAACUGCUGAUGAAUCAGAAAAUAAAAAUGAAAGUGAAGCUACAACAUCAUUUCUUAUGCAACUCUCUUCUUGGGAUAAGGAGGAGUUAGAUGACAAAUUAGCAAAUCGUGUCCAAGUUUCAAAACGUGCAGUUUCUAAAGUUGUACAGGCAUUUGAUCGUCUUUCUCAGAGGAAUGAAAAAAUUACUCUUGCACUCAAAGGCGAAUUCGAUGGAGAGGAGGCACCUAAUAUAGAUGAAGUGGUACGUAGAGCAAAUUCUGAAAUACAAAUGGAAAAUAGGAAUUUGCAGGCAAUAAAUAUUCAGCUUCACGAGAAAUAUCACACUAUCUCAUUGAAGAUGUCUGAACUACAAGAUACUAUAACAGGAAAAGACACACUUGCUGCAGAACUUCGUAAUCAAGUGGAUGAUCUCCAGUAUGAAUUGAAUAAAGUGAGGGCACGUAAUGACAAACUAGAGCACCACCUUGGAGAAGCAAUUGAGAAGCUAAAAGCAUUUCAACAGAUCCAUGGAACUGAUGAAAAGGGUAGUAAUAAACCAAAUACCUUAGUGGCAUCCAGUGUCUCACAAACAAAGCUUGAAGACUUGCAACGAGAACUAGAAGAAACAAGGGAAUUAGCAAAUAAUAGGUUACAAGAAUUGGAUAAAUUGCAUCAGCAGCAUCGUGAUACAUUGAAAGAAGUAGAAAAAUUAAAGAUGGAUAUACGUCAACUUCCAGAAUCGGUAAUUGUCGAGACAACAGAGUACAAAUGCCUACAGUCCCAAUUUUCUGUAUUAUACAAUGAAUCGAUGCAACUGAAAACACAAUUAGACGAUGCACGGCAACAGUUACAAUCCAGCAAGAACGCUCACUUGCGCCAUAUCGAGAUGAUGGAGAGCGAGGAAUUAAUGGCACAGAAGAAACUGCGAGGAGAAUGUAUACAGUUGGAAGAUGUUCUAGCUCAGUUGCGAAAAGAGUAUGAAAUGUUGAGAAUCGAAUUUGAACAAAAUUUAGCAGCAAAUGAACAGACUGGACCAAUUAAUAGGGAAAUGAGACAUUUGAUUACUUCUCUCCAAAAUCACAAUCAACAAUUGAAGGGCGAAGUUCAUCGUUACAAACGGAAAUACAAAGAAGCUUCUUCAGAAAUACCAAGGCUAAAGAAAGAAAUAGAGGAACUGACGGCUAAAUUGGGCCAGCAAACAUCUCAGGAAAGCAAAGAAGGCAGCAAUUCGGAUGGCAGUGGAAAGGAAGAAGAUGCAUCGAAUUCUCUUUCAGGUUCUACGCAGAUCAAAGAAGAAAGUGGAGUUUCCAUUAAAAGGGAAUCUGGAGAGGAAGAUGUUGAAACUAUCGAAGUAGGAGAAGGUGAAGGAAACAAAGGUACUCCAGAUUCUCUGACUUUAACCUCUCCAACUCUGAAGAAAGAGAAAGAUAUAAAACGUGAAAAGGAUAUCAAGAAAGAAAACAUUAAAACCGAACAUCGCGACCCUGCUCAUCGCGCUAAAGACACGAAAGUAGCGGAAUCAGAACUUGUCAGAGACCUAAAAGCACAACUCAAAAAGGCUGUGAACGAAAUGAAAGAAAUGAAGCUUUUGUUAGACAUGUAUAAAGGCGUUGGAAAAGAACAGAGAGACAAAGUACAACUAAUGGCUGCUGAAAGAAAGACAAGAGCAGAAUUGGAGGAAUUACGUCAGCAAAUAAAGAAAAUACAAGAGAGUAAACGCGAAGAGCGUAAAAAAUUGGCAGACGAAGAUGCACAAAUAAAAAUAAAAAAACUAGAGGAACAGGCGUACACGCUUCAGCGUCAAGUGGCUUCUCAAAAGCAGAACUGCGUGUGGUUGCAGGAAGAGGAGGCUCUAUUGAACGAAAUGGAAGUAACUGGUCAAGCGUUUGAAGACAUGCAAGAACAAAAUUCAAGAUUGAUACAGCAGCUGCGCGAGAAAGAUGAUGCAAACUUCAAGUUGAUGACGGAGAGGAUCAAGAGUAAUCAGCUACAUAAAUUAGCCAGAGAGGAGAAGGAUGUUCUAAAGGAGCAAGUUUCUACGUUAACAACACAGGUGGAAGCGGCCAACGUAGUCGUUCGCAAAUUGGAAGAAAAAGAACGUCUUCUACAGAAUUCUCUAGCCACCGUCGAGAAAGAGUUAGCUUUAAGGCAACAGGCGAUGGAAAUGCAUAAACGGAAAGCUAUUGAAAGUGCACAAUCUGCGGCUGAUCUGAAGCUUCAUCUCGAAAAAUAUCAUUCUCAGAUGAAGGAAGCGCAACAGGUUGUAGCUGAGAAGACCAGUUCGUUGGAAGCGGAAGCUUAUAAAACAAAGAGAUUACAGGAGGAAAUAGCUCAAUUAAGGCGUAAAGUCGAAAGAAUGAAGAAAAUCGAACUGGCUGAAACUUUGGACGAAGUAAUGGCGGAAGAGUUGCGAGAGUACAAGGAGACCCUUACUUGCCCGUCGUGUAAAGUAAAGCGCAAAGAUGCAGUUUUGACGAAAUGCUUCCACGUGUUUUGCUGGGAUUGUUUGCGCACGCGAUACGAAACACGUCAGCGUAAAUGUCCGAAGUGCAAUUGCGCUUUCGGAGCGAACGAUUAUCACCGUUUAUACCUCUCCACAUGAAGAAGAAGACUCUAAAUUAUUGGAAUUUCGUGUGACGUUUUUUAAUUGAACCGCGUGAAUCUUCUAAAAGGUUACGCGUGUAUGCAUUUUUCUUAUACUUCCUAUUUAUUGUCCCGAUCAUUGGUAAAACGGAGAAAUGCGAUCGUGAAUGAUGAAAAAUGUAGAAAUAAAGUUUGUAAAAAAUUAUGAUUAUCCUGUGGAAUAUCAUGCGAGGAAAAUGAGCUGCAUUUUUAAAAGUGUUUUGUAGUAACCACGCCGAACAUGUAUAUUCUGAUCUGAUGUAAAGGACGAAGUCGGGUAUCGCGGUGAACAACGCGAUUCCCGAUGGUAGCGCCGAUGGGACAGAAUAUAGAGAAUGAUUCGAUUGUAUAAUAAUUUUAUUUAGUCUUAAAAUUCGACUUAAAUCAAUAACUUAAUCAUGAAAGUUAGUGAAAUUCGAAAGCUACGAUAGUCGGAAUUUUAAGAGCGAUUCACUGUGUGUGUGGUAGAUAUAUUGUAAUAUAUUAUAAAUAGGAAUUCAAUGCUUCUACGUAUGUAGUUCAACAAACCUAUUGGUAAACUUUCACGAACAAAUUCGAACAUUUAUUAUUUCGUAAUUAUUAAAUUACUUUAAUGACGGUUCUCACCUAAAUAUCUCGAUGAACUUUUA